CGAUACGCCUGAUUACAAUGGUUUGUGUGAGCCAACAUGGCGUCCAAACGAUACAGUUUCAUCACAAUUUUGCUCGUCGCUAUAGGCAUCUAGACAAGUAUUAUCAUAUGUUUCCAAACUUGGAUUAGGUAGUCAGCACACAGCUUCAGAUUCAAGGUGAACUUUAUUAAUUCCCGUGUGCAGGAUGGUGCGGGUGGUGUUCCUCCAUCCAGACCUUGGCAUCGGUGGAGCAGAGCGCCUGGUGGUCGAUGCUGCUGUCGCUCUGAAGUCUCACGGAUGUAGCGUUCAGAUCUGGACGGCUCAUUAUGACCCAACGCACUGCUUCUCUGAGACCCUUGACCCAGAGCUGCCUGUGGUAUGUGUAGGUGACUGGCUACCCACCAGUGUGUUUGGUUACCUGCAUGCACUUUGUGCCUACCUGAGGAUGAUCUAUGUGGCCCUCUACUUGGUCUUCCUCAGCGGUGUGGAGUACGAUGUCAUCUUCUGUGAUCAAGUGUCAGCGUGUAUCCCGGUGCUGCGACUGUCCCGUCACAGGAAGAAGGUUUUGUUUUACUGUCACUUCCCAGACCAGCUGCUGACCCAGAGAAAGUCAUCCCUGAAGAAGCUUUACCGUGCUCCUGUCGACUGGCUGGAGGAACGCACCACCGGCAUGGCUGACAUGAUUCUGGUAAACAGCCAGUUCACCGCGGGCAUCUUUAGGGAGACCUUUCUUAGUCUGAGAGGAGUGCAGACAGAUGUCCUGUAUCCCUCCCUGAACACCCGCACCUUUGAUCAGCCAUCCACUGAGGCACAAGGGCUGGACGGGCUGCUCCCUGAGGGAACCUCCUGCCAGUUCCUCUCUCUGAACCGAUACGAGAGAAAGAAGAACCUGGGGCUGGCUCUGGAGGCUUUUGCGGCCCUGAGGAGCAGCCUUCCUUCAGGCCAGAGAGCAGGCAUUCACCUGGUGGUGGCUGGAGGCUACGAUGACCGAGUUACUGAGAAUGUUCAGCAUUAUACUGAACUGAAAGAGCUUGCAGCGCAGCUCCACUUGGAGGACUCUGUCACCUUCCUGCGCUCGCCCUCUGAUUCACUGAAGGUGGCACUCUUGCGGGGCAGUGCAGCCGUUCUGUACACCCCCAGCAGAGAGCAUUUUGGGAUCGUUCCCAUAGAGGCCAUGUACUGCUGCUGCCCCGUUAUCGCAGUGAACUCUGGGGGCCCGCUGGAGAGCGUGGUAGACGGCGAGACGGGCUUUCUGUGCGAGCCCACUGCAGAGGCCUUCUCUGAGGCCAUGAUGAGGCUGGUGAGGGAACUACAGCUCCGCAGGGACAUGGGGCAAGCUGGGAGGAGGAGGGUCCUAGAUAAAUUUUCUCUUCAGGCCUUCUCGAACCAGCUGCAUGGGUAUAUUGUUAGGCUGAGCCAGUGACGAAAAAGCUGGAGAGGAGAGUCAUGAGACAGACAGUGUAAGAGUGGAGAAAUAAUCCUCCCGUCGUCCUCUACUGAACUGUGAGUUGUCUGUGGACGACUGGAGUCUGCAAAGUGUUGAAGUGGAUGUCUUCUAGUGGAGAAUGUAUGUGUAUAUGUGCAGGGAGGCGGGGGGUGGGGGGAUGGGGUUAUUAUGAGGACUUAGAGGACAAUCAAUCAGCAUUCCCCUGGAGGGGUUGCUGAGAGGAAAAAAAGGACGGCAUCUCUACACAAAUUAAGAAAAGAGUAACGAGUUUACGCACCCCUUCAAAUGUGUGUGUGUAAUACUGCAUGUGUGGCAAUGCUGCAUCAAAAAGUCUAGCAAAUGAGCGCACCGAAAGGAUUGAUUGUUAGAGUGAAAUGUUUCGCACUGUGUAUGUUGUUUUUUUUUUUUCUUCUUCGCUUUUCUACAGUACUCUUUGUCCUUGUGUGUCUUCGGGAUGAAGACGAAGAAUGCAGUCACCACCGUGUGCCAUCAGGCAGUGCACAGUCCCAGAUCGAUAAACAGGAUGCUUUCUACUACUUCCUGUCCACCCAGAGCUUUGUUCCCCUCCUCGCAUUCAGAAGAUGCUGGCCUGUCCAUGACUUUUGCUGCUGCGUGGAGGUUAUUAGCAGAUGAUAGAGAGUGUUUGGCUUUAUUAGAGGUCUGGUUGAUGGGCAGCGUGUCUUUGUCUGGGUCAUUAUCAGCAAGGAGAAUAGCAGAAGGUCACUGUGUCUGCUCGCUAGCCGCCCAGCACUCCUACUGUAUAGAAAUGCUCUUAUUGACAUUCCUGAAGUCUUAAUAAACAAGAGGACACAUAGUUUCCUGACACUUAUGGGG